GAAAUAUUUACAUUAGCAAAAAAAAAAAUGAAGCCUUUCUUUGACUUCUACAAGAAUUGAGUACCUCAUCUCCACCGCCGGCAAAAAAGAAAAAUGGAGAAGAAAAUACAGCACAAAUCCAUUCCUGUCAACGGCCUGCAAAUGCAUGUGGCGGAGGUCGGCGAGGGACCGGUAGUCCUCUUCAUCCACGGCUUCCCGGAGCUCUGGUACACGUGGCGGCACCAGAUGGCAUUCGUGGCGGCGCGCGGCUACCGCGCCGUGGCGCCGGAUAUGAGGGGCUACGGCGACACCACCGGCGCGCCGCUCGAGGACCCGUCGAAGUUCACGCUGAUGCACCUGGUGGGCGACCUGAUCGCGCUUCUCGACGCGGUGGCGCCGAGAGAAGAUAAGGUGUUUGUUGUUGGGCAUGACUGGGGCGCCUCCGUGGCUUGGCAUCUGGCUAUGUUCAGGCCUGAUAGAGUCAGGGCUUUGGUGAAUCUUGGCGUGCCCUUUACUCCCAGGAAUGCUGAGAUGGCUCCGGUUGAGUCGUUUCGGAAAAUGUAUGGUGAUGAUCACUAUAUCUGCAGGUUUCAGGAACCUGGUGAUAUAGAAGCUGAGUUCGAGAAGGUUGGCACCAAGGAGGUUCUCAAGAACAUGCUUUCGUUCCGCGAGCCUGCUCCUUUUUUCUUCCCUAAGGGCAAAGGAUUUAUCUACUCCGUUGACAGAGCACCUUGGUUGACGGUGGAUGAUCUUGACUAUUAUGUUAGCAAAUUCGAGAAGACUGGUUUCACUGGAGGAGUGAAUUACUAUCGUGCAUUUGGCUUAAACUUGGAACUGACCGCGCCCUGGUCCGGAGCUGGAGUUAUAGUGCCAUCGAAGUUCAUCACCGGGGAAUUUGACAUUACCUAUCAUAUUCCCGGAAUCAAAGAAUUCAUACACGGAGGCGGGUUCAAGAAAUUCGUGCCAUUGUUGGAGGACGUCGUUGUGCUCGAAGGUGCUGCUCAUUUUGUCAAUCAAGAAAGGCCAGAUGAGAUCAACGAACAUAUAUAUGCUUUUAUCAAGCAGUUCUAAAUGCUCCCAUAUCAAAAUAAUCACUGGAAUCAGAGGCUUGAGAUGAAGAACAGCAGCAGCAAGCCAAGAGAGCUCACCACAAUCGAUUCGACCACGAUUGCAGAUCCUAAAACUGCAGCAAAAGGCAAAUUUAGAGAUUAUCUUUUCUUUUCUUUGUAUUCUUAGCAUAAAACUAUGAUCACAUCUUACUAUGAGCUGCCAAUGAACUCAUGGGCUUGUAUCGAACGAGAUUUACUAUCGACUCAGCAAAGAGAGGCGUCGACAUCAUCUCAUCGCAGUUUGGGUAGCAUCCAUGGUUACCGAGAUCGUUCACUGUCAAUGUCAACACAGCUCCAUGCGCGCCUUCCUGCGCAGAGAGAGAGUCAAUUUAUGCGACGUUUCCAAUUGCAUUCGUAGAUGAUUGACUUGUGGCGAUAUUAAGGAUUUAAGAUUUCAGAUCAAAA